CGUUAUCGUAAGAUUCACGCCGAAAAAAUACCGUAAUUUCGCAAUUGUGGAACCGUUUUAAAUGCACUAAACCGCGAUGAAUCGAAAUAUACUCAUUCUGUGCAAUCCUAGUACCUUCAAAAUCAUUGUAGAAAUAAGAAAAUAGUGAUUUUUUCCUAAGGUUCCGUUACGAUAAGGUUACUUACUUCAACCUCGUCAAAUCUUACGUUGUAUAAUUUCGUUUGCUCGGGUUUCAGUGUUUAUUUCUUUGCCACUCAAAUAUGUACGCUUCGCCGUGCGAUACGCCGCCGAAUCCACACGCGAAUGAUUCGAACCCUGCUACUUUUAUAGUUCUUCCGAAAUAUUCGUAAAUAAAAUAUCCACUUGAAAGCAUUGAAUGCUUGUUGCGGGUUAGUGGUUACAUAACCUGUAAAGAAAAUAUGGAAAAACAAUUACACAAAUCCGUAGUUGGAUAUUUUUUACACCUGUCAAAAAUCAAUGAAAAAUGGAACGUCUUAGUUCAAAGUGCCGAACGCCCGUUAAACAAUUUGAAAAAUCAGGAAGAACAACUCAGGAUGGUUUCAGACUGUUCCCUGGACAAUGCAGAUCUCUUCAGUAUCGACAGUACCUUGCGUGGGAAACUCAUUUUCAAGAUCAAUGUUUGCAUGGAAGAUGAAAUUGCGUUAAUAUCCGAAAUCGACUCGCAGUUGAACAACCUUGUUCAGGGGUUGAGGAAUAAGUUCACUCUUUUGGAGGCGGCAAGAAGUGAAGUGAAUAUAAACGCUGAAGAGAUGGAAGAACUUGUUUCCGGCUCUCCGUACAGACCUGGCUUGGACUUACUGAUGAAAUGGGCAAUUGAUAGCACCAAUUACUACAGCGAGUUGUAUAGCUUCAUAAAUACCUCGUUAAGAAGUUUGGACUGCAAGAAGGAGACAACGAUUGUGAAUUUGAUAAAGGCGUUUCAGCAGCACAAGAAUACACAGGCCAAAAUCGAUGGUAUUUUAGGAUUUACCCAGUUCGUGGCCAAAGAAAUUGAAUAAAUACUUAUUCCUAUCA